AUGGGAAUCAGUGCAAUGCUUGACGUGCCCGAUGAGGAGAAUUUUGCAUCAGUUGGUCUUGAUGAGGAUCAUAUUGAAUUUGUUGAAUCAUCAGAGGAAUGGACCAAGUUCAGGGAUGACUUAGCAGUCGAAAUUAUAAUGGCAGGUAAUGGUAAGAAGUCUAAACACGUAUGGUCGAAGGUGGAGGACGCUAAGUUGGUGGAAGCUCUGUUGUAUUUGGUGGAGACCGGUUGGAGGUUCGAUAAUGGGACGUUUCGACCAGGAUACCUACAACACUUGGAGCAAAUUCUGCAUGAGAAAGUGCCCGGGUGCGCACUGAAUCAUAACACCAUUGAGUGCAAGGUGAGGAGUCUGAAGAAACAAUACAACGCAGUAUCAGAGAUGUUGAGUCAGUCGGGACUCGGCUGGAAUGAGGAGUUCAAAUGUGUCCACGUCGAGAGGGAGAUUUUCGAUCUUUGGGUUUGGAGUCAUCCCAAUGCGAAGAGGAUGUGGAACAAGCCAUUCCCACAUUACGAUGACCUCUCCACCAUAUUUGGGAAAGACAGAGCAGUAGGACAAUCAAGUGAGAACCCAUAUGUGAUGGACUGUCAUACCCCUGAGGUUCGCCAAACAGAAUCACCAUUAAAUCAAGAUGAAAUAGAUGAAGAGCCAGCAGAGCAAUCUACAGGUAGAGCGAGUGUACCUGCCGAGUCAUCUCGAAGCAAUAAGAGGAAUAGAUCAUCAUUCCAAGUUGAAAUGAUCGACAUCAUGAGAUCGACUGUUUGA